AUGCCCUUCCUCCCCCCCUUCUACUCCUCCUCCCCCGCAAUCUCUUCCUCCUCCUUCAACUCCUCCUUCUCCUCCUCCUCCUCCUCCUCCUCCUCAUUCGCGCCGCCGCACUCGUUGUCCCCAGACUGGCAGGGUGCGUCCGCUCAAUCUGGCAGCCUGGAAUGUUCGUUCCCUUCUAGACAAUCCGGGGGGCAACCAACCGGAACGGAGCACGGCGCUUAUGGCAUGGGAACUGGCGCACUACAAGGUGGACAUCGCCGCACUCAGCGAGACUCGAUUCUCCGAACAAGGCCAACUGGAGGAGAUGGGUGCCGGCUACACCUUCUUCUGGAGAGGCCGCCCUAGGGCAAAGCGACGAGAAGCGGGUGUCACCUUCGCCAUCCGGAACGACAUCGUGGGACGACUGCCCUGUUUGCCGCGAGGCAUCAGCGAUCGCCUGAUGAGCCUCCGAUUUCCUCUCUGGGGUGGAGAAAUUACCACUCUUGUCUUGAAGUGGCCGGCCGAAUUUCUAAGGUAG